CUCUCUCGCUCGCUCUCUCUCUCUCUCUCUCCCCCUCUCCUAUCGCAGCACAAUGAAAGCCUGUGUAUCGCCGUGACUCCGAGUGUCAGCAAAGCGGCUCACAACAGACCAGAAAGAGAAAGGAAAAUACGAGCUACUUUUCCCUUCUUUUUUCCAUCUGUAGAGCGAAGGAAUACAAGAGAUAGAACCACAUCGCUUUAUUGCGAGUCCAAACCCUCAGAGCCACUGGCCGGGGACGGAAUGUACAAAAGUGGACAGAAAAGUGGCUGGACAUGACUCCGUGAAAUUUUCUGGAAGUUUGUAAGUUUGAUCAUCGUUUGUAAAUUACUCUCGGAAGAGUUUGUCUCUCUUGAUCCUGUAUUAGAACCGAACUGGGAGUGAGGGAUAGAAGCGUGAGUGGGAAAGAAAAAAAUGUGUUGCAGGAGCUCUCUCAGUAGCUAGUCACGUCAGAUUGCGUUCAUCUGAGACCGAGGAACCGUAAAGGGAAUAAGAAUGUUUACCGGUGAUUGGAUUAGCUUGAAGAAAGAGCAUGAUCCCAAGCCCAGUUUCUGCCAUUGAGGACUGAAAAGCUGUCUCCUUUGGGCAGAAGGCGACGUCCUACAGCACCCCCCACUUCCCCAGGAGGGAAGACGCCAAGGACCGAGCAAGGGAGGAAAUCGUUGACUUCAGGACUGUUGGGAAACAGCCCUGUUGUUUGUUUUAUAACCCGAGGAAAAGUGAAGGCUGCUGUCUACAGAGACCAUGGUAGAAACGGGUUUCUCUGCAGAAACACCCCCAUAAACAAUUUCUGAAGCUACUAGGUGAGGGGGGGCCCAGGGCUGUAGCAAUACCUCUGUUGACUGCUUUUGCUAGGCAUUUCUGACAAUUGUCUCUGACAAUCCCUGAAUUCUUGAACUAACCCCCAGGCCCUGUGUUUACAAAGUACCUGGAGGCUCUUGUCAGCCUGGUUGGGGGUGGAGGGGGGGCGGAUCUGCCUACUCCUUCCAACUUAUCCAGAGCUAUCGAAUGUAAUUAGAGUAAGUUGACAACGGUUUGUUUCCAACUUCUCUCUACUUGCCUUCUAUUCUGUUUCCUCACCCUCGGGUUACUAACUCCCCUCCCCCACACCUUCCCCACAGCCCCCCCCACCGCCCCGUGAAGACCUCUAUUCAUGUGGCCCUGAACACUAAGCUCACAUUGUCACAACCAGAUCUGCCUGCCACAGCCAGCACCAGGCUUCUCGCAUCCCUCCAUCCAGAGGGAGCAAUCAUUGUGCCCAACAAGAUGGGGGACACAGCGCCCCCGCAGGCCCCUGCAGGAGGGCUGGGGGGGGCCUCUGGGGCGGGGCUCCUCGGAGGGGGCUCGGUCACCCCGAGAGUGCACAGCGCUAUCGUGGAGCGCCUGCGGGCUCGCAUCGCGGUCUGCAGACAGCACCACCUGAGCUGCGAAGGACGCUAUGAGCGUGGUAGGGCCGAGAGCUCAGACCGAGAGCGGGAGAGCACCUUGCAGCUCCUGAGCCUGGUCCAGCAUGGCCAGGGGGCAAGGAAGGCCGGCAAGCAUGCCAAGGCCACGGCCGCAGCCGCCCCCACCACAGCCCCGCCGCCCCCUGCAGCCCCGCCUGCGGCCUCCCAGGCAGCAACCACAGCGGCCCCACCACCUCCACCAGACUACCACCACCACCGCCAGCAGCACCUGCUGACCAGCAGCAAUAACGGUGGCAGCGGUGGUGGGGUAAACGGAGAGCAGCAGCCACCAGCCUCCACCCCCGGGGACCAGCGGAACUCGGCCUUGAUUGCGCUCCAGGGUUCCUUGAAAAGAAAGCAAGCCAUCAGCCCGUCUCCUGCCUGCAGCAAGAGGCCCAAUGGCUUUGUCGACAACUUGUUCCUUGAUAUCAAGAGGAUCCGGGUUGGGGAGAACCUUUCUACGGGUCAGGGGGGCCUGCCAGUAAAUAAUGGACAAAGUCAGAUGAUGCCAGGGGCCUUGCCCAUGAGCCAUGCGGCCCUGAGAAAGACUACCACUCUGCCACCCCCUGCACACUCUCCUGGCAACAGUAUGUUCACCAUGGGCUUAAAGGAGGUGAAGAAGGAGCCAGGGGAGACUGUAUCUUGCAGUAAACACAUGGAGGGUCAAAUGACCCAGGAGAAUAUUUUCACUAGUAGGUAUGGAGAUGACCCUGGAGAGCAACUGAUGGAUCCUGAGCUACAGGAACUGUUCAAUGAACUGACCAACAUCUCAGUGCCUCCUAUGAGCGAUCUAGAACUGGAGAACAUGAUCAAUGCCACCAUCAAGCAGGAUGACCCCUUCGGUAUUGACUUGGGUCAGCAAAGCCAGAGGAGCACACCCAGACCCUCCCUGCCUGGAGAGAAGAUCGUGAUUAAAAGUGAAUACUCACCUGGCCUGGCCCAGGGCCCCUCGGGGUCUCCCCAGCUGAGGCCCCCAUCAGCUGGCCCUGCAUUCUCCCUGGCUAACUCUGCCCUCUCCACUUCAUCCCCAGUCCCUACAGUCCCUCAGAGCCAAGCUCAGCCUCAGACAGCAUCAGGUUCAAGCCGGGCCCUGCCAAGCUGGCAGGAGGUAUCCCAUGCCCAGCAGCUCAAGCAGAUAGCUGCUAACCGCCUUCAGCAUGCCCGGAUGCAGCAGCACCAACAGCAGCAGCAGCCGCAGCCGCCGCCUCCCAACUGGUCAGCGUUUCAGUCUUCUGCUGUCCCCUCGCCCGGGCCCUUUGUGCAAGAGAAAAUCCCCAGUUCUUCCUUCGGCCAGCAGCCAUUUAGCCCACAGGGCUCGCCCAUGCCUGGGGGAGCUGGAAGCAGCAGCCAGUCAAAGGCAGUGGCCAACUACAUGUACAAGGCCAGCCCUUCGACCCAGGCUGGGCACCUGGAUGUGCUCCUGCAGCAAAAGCCUCAGGAUCUCAGCCGGAGCUUUAUUAAUAACCCACAUGCAGCCUUGGAGCCCCGGCACGGCGGCACCAAGCCCUUGUUUCACUUUAACUCCGAUCAAGCAAGCCAACAGAUGCCUUCUGCUCUGCCUUCCCAGAGCAAGCCUUCUCUCCUACACUACACUCAGCAGCCACCACAGCCGCAGCAGCCGCCGCAGCAGCCGCAGCCGCAGCCACCACCAUCCCAACCCACCCAACCUGCAUCAAGCCAGCCUUUGCUAAGGUCACCCUUGCCUCUUCAGCAAAAGAUCCUGCUUCAGAAAAUGCAGAAUCCACCCAUCACAGGCCUGAGCUAUCCAGUCACCCAACAGCACCGGCAGGAUCAACACACUGUGGGAGGCCAGAAUACAGGCCCCAGUCCAAGUCCCAACUCCUGCUCAAAUCUAAACACUGGAAGUGGUUACAUGAACUCCCAGCAGUCCCUGUUGAAUCAGCAGUUGAUGGGGAAGAAACAGACCCUCCAGAGGCCGACCAUGGAGCAGAAGCAGCAGCUUCUCCUCCAGCAGCAGAUGCUGAGUGAUACGGAGAAAAUUUCCCCACAGGAUCAGAUAAACCGGCAUCUGACAAGGCCACCCCCAGAUUACACAGACCAAAGAAGAAAUAUGGGCAGUCUGCAGCCGGCUGCUCAGUACCCUGGCGGCUCUUCCACAGUGACUCUAAACUCUAAUCAGGCUUUGACAAACCCAGCUUCAACACACGCCAUUUUAACUCCAAAUUCCAGCCUCAUGUCCACUUCCCAUGGGACGAGAACGCAGUCGUUAUCAGCAGUUCAGAACGUAGGGAUGUAUAGAAACCUGCCUUGUAACCAGCCCAGCUCGUACAGCGUCACCUCAGCAAUGAACCAGCUGAGCCAACAGAGAAAUGCAACUCAACUGAUAACCAAUCAAAGCAACUCUCUGAUGUCCAGGCCAUCUUCCUUAGGGCCAAAUAACAAUAACAACGUGGCCACCUUUGGAGCUGGAUCUGUUGGCAGUUCCCAACAACUAAGACCGAAUUUGACCCACAGUAUGCCAGGCAUGCCAGCCCAGCGGUCCCCGACUGUCAUGAUCACAUCCACCACAACAGCACCAAACUGGGCCUCUCAAGAAGGAGCAACAAAGCAGCAGGAGCCCCUGAAGUCCACAGGAGUGCGCUUCCCCGCGGCAGGUGCACCUGCAGCCUACACCCCGAACCAGUCGUUGCAGCCGGGAGUGGGGAGCCAGCCAUUUUCCCAGAGGGCAGUGGCGCCCCCUAACCAAUUAACACCAGCAGUACAAAUGAGACCUAUGACCCAAGUAAAUGAGACAUUAAAUGGGCAAGCCCUGGGUCCACUCAGGGGAUUGAACCUCAGACCCAGCCAGGUGAGCACACAGAGCCUGUCUAAUCUGAACCCGUCAGGAACAGGGUUGAAUCAGCCGAGGACAGGCAUCAGCCAGCCACCAUCCCUGACACCCAGCGCUUUUCCUCCACCCAACCAAAGUUCCAGGGCUUUUCAAGGAACUGAUCAUGGCAGCGACUUAGCUUUUGACUUCCUCAACCAACAGACAGACAGCAUGGGCCCAGCCCUAAACAGUGAUGCUGAUUUCAUUGAUUCUUUAUUGAAGACAGAGCCUGGCAAUGAUGACUGGAUGAAAGACAUCAACCUCGAUGAAAUCUUGGGGAGCAACUCCUAAGGAGAAAGGGAAGCCAGUUGGCAGACACGGCGCACUGAGAGAGGCAGUAUUUCACAAGGACUCUGUUAAUGCCAGACUGUUGACUUCCAGGUGGACUACAGGCUUCAAGGCGGAAAGCAGGCUGUAAAUGCACCGUGAACAUAUCCAUUCAGAUAUUGUUGAAAAUGUUCAAACCUGAAAGCAAAACAUUGGGAUCAUUUUUCCCCGUCUGAGGUUCAGGACAUGUUAUCCAGUUAUCCAAACAGAACUGUGAUGCUGAUGUGUAAUUAACUGUGUAAAAUAGCUUCCCAAGUUCCUUUUCUUGCUGAAAGAAAUGUAAUGGAACUUGAGGCUUGUUUAAACCCCAUGUCAUGAACAGGUAUUUGUGCUAAGCAAUAGGCAACAGAUCCCUUAAUCUGCUCCAGUGGAUAUACAUGGUUUGACUUUUCCACUGUCUUUCCGUUUAAAUGUCCUAAGUUUGCAGGAAAGAACAAAAUGUUCUAAGCUUGUUUGGAGUAACCAAUGUUCUAAGCAAGGAAAGCAGAGAUCUGAGACGCUAUAAAAAAAUUAUAGAAUUUCUUCCUAGAUCCAGCCCUCAUUUUUGCAAUUUUCCCACACGUUCUGUAUUUUAGUGGGAUGCUAUGUCUAGUGAUAAAACAAGAAUGCAGAGCUUGUGAUUUAACUAGGCUUCCCAACCAGUUUUUGUACAAAACCAAGACUUGUGCUGAUCAUACUGAAAUAUAUUGGUGCACAGCUGCCUGCAUCAAAUUUCACUUCAGAAAACUGUAUUGCUGUAUAGGAGACAUACUUGGCCUCAAACAACUGAGGUGUUACUAGUGUCAUUGGUACACACUGGUUUGUCCCCAAGUGCAGUGAAACUGAGCCUUGUCCUCCUGCUAUUUUGGUAACCAGAGACUGAUUUGUAAGAAAAGAAAGUUGGGGCACCAAAAGUGAGAUUAGAGAGUAACACAUUUUGAUUGACAGUAAGAAACAGGAGGGGAGGGUGUGAGCAGCCUGACUAUUUCACAGAAUUUGGAGGAAAGCUUCUCUGAGAGAAGCAACACAGCUUUCCUUGGACGUAGGACUUGGGUAAACAGCUGAGCCAAAUGUGGCCCAGAAGUAGCCGUCUAGUCACCGUAUUCCUGAUCCAAGGGAUCCUUGCCACGUGUGCUACCUGGGCCCUUCAUGUCCAGGUUGUCCCUCUCAGGGUCCAGCACUGGCAAAGAAUGGGUUUUUGUUGUGUCAUUUGACCUCAGUACCCACAUACACAGGAACUGUAAAAUGGAGAUGUGCAGGUUUGAGGUGGCUACAGAAACAUAUCACUACCAUUUUCCUAAAUCCAGAGAAGUAAAGGUUACCCUCAGCUUUCACAUGUUCAAGUAUCAAAUGUGAUUUAACUGAAAUCUUGUAAGCACCAAAUCUUUACAUAUCUGUUCAAAACAGAACACGUUUUUAAAGCUCUGCAAAGCCCUCUUCCAGUCUUUAAGAUGUCUUGAAGGCUGUCUCCUUCCUCUCCACCACACCAACAUCACAAGCCCAGAAUCUCUUCUGUGCUGAUUUGUAAAUAUAAAUAAAUUGUUUUGUAAACUUUUGUAAAGAAUAUUUUGGUAGAAAUACUUAAAACAUAUUCUUUUGGUUAUAUUUAUACAUAUGUGAAAUAAAUAUACUAUCGAAAGGUUAUAUUUUAUACAAAAAGUAAAUUGUUACCUUUUGUAUGCUGGUAUACAAAGUUUUGUACAAUGUGAUGGUUUAUUUUUAGCUCUACACUUAAACCAUAGGUGAUCGAGUGGGAACUUUUAAAAACUAUCAAGAGCUUGUUAAACAAAUUUCUAUUCUGAAACUUCAAUACAGAAGCAUUCCAGGUUUCAAGUCCUUCCUGGCUUUCGUUGCUUUCCUUGCCUCCCCGUUCUAAGUGCUUUGUUAAGCACCUAGUCUCGGUUUUUCCAGUUGUUCUGCGCAUUGUGUAAGUCCUUGCUGCAUGUGGCCUGCUGUGUGCUUCCCAUCUUAUGAAGCAGUGUUUCUCCAUGCAAAAAGAGGAAGAAUAAUGUACAUAUAAACACGUUUAUUUUAUGGCUCCCCGGGUUACUGUACAUAUCUGCCAACCCUUCUCAGUUACAGUCCUGUUAUCCAGCUUAUUUUCACCCUAACACAAAUAGUACAAUUAGUGGUAGCUAUCCAAUGGGAGAGGUAAAGCAAUCAGAAUGUUUGAAUUUUCUUCUAUCUUAAUGUGAAUUUCCUAAUUAAUGUCUAUUUAUUCAGCUAUUCACUGAAAUGCAGGAUUCUUUGGGAAAAUGCUGUAAUCUAUAGUUUCUGUUUGUUGGCAGCCGAUUACCAAAGAUGAUGUAAUCUUCCUGAAAGCUGAGAUAACGACAAUUUGAUAGACAAAUUUAGAAAGAGCCUUAGGAUUUACAACUUAAGAGCUAUUGGGAUACGAUCUCCCGUUUAUAGACAUGCCAGACUACUUAAUUGUUGACAUUGUUUAUCAUCCUGACAUAUAACAGAGGACAUAGGCAUAAUUUUUCUUUCUUCCUUUUUAAUUCAAAGACUAGAAAGCAAUGUAAGCAAAUGAUUCAUUCUUGGCUUUGUGUUCAGUCCAAUGAAGAUAAAUAACCAUGCUCUGAGUGAAUGCACUAAUAUUACCUGUGUUACUGUAACUGAACCCAUGAUUGUAAAGUUGCAACUUGUAAAACAAGUAUUUUGUAUUGCGUGUAAUUCCAUGUGUUAAAAAAAAUGGUUUUA